AUGAAGUCUAAUAUUAAUAAAAGGAAAGUAGAACUAACAAGAUCACAUAAUCUUAAAAAAUUGUAAAAUCUUUAAAUAUCAAUCACUACACUUCCUAAUAGUAGAAUUCAAGUUAAAACUCCAAAUGUUUCAAUAAAUAAUAAUUCUUUCAAAAUAUUAUCAUAAUAAACGACACCAAAAACUGUUUAAGAUAAUAAUUUCUUUAGUAGUCGUGAUUUUGAUGUUAAUGAAUUAAAAAAGUAGCAUAUACGUACAUAAUCUCAAAUUGAAGGUUUGUUAUUGAAAACCUAAUUAAUAGAAUCAGCUCGAUAAAGAACAUUCUCAAAUUUUGUUAAGAAACCUAAAGUUGAAGUUAAGCCUGCUAAGAUUUAUAAGAUAAUCUAAUAAAUGAAUUAAGAAGAUGAAUUAAGAAAAUAAGAAAAAUAAAAAAAAAUUUAGUUGAUGUAAUAAAUUGAGAUGGAGAAAAGGGAAAAGGAGAAGUAAAAUUAAUAAAGGGAAUCAAUCCAAAAAAUUAAUUCAUUAACAUCAAUUUUAUCAAAAAAAUCAAAUCCUUCAAAAUAUAAAUUAUUAAAAGUUAGUCUUAAUAUAAUAGAAAAAUAAUAAGAGAAAAUUUAAAUAGAUUUAGUUUAAGAAGACUCUGCCUAAAUGAUUUAGACAACAAAAAUAAAAUAGAAAUAAACAGACACAAUAUUUAAAAUAUCUACAAUUAUAACAGCCUUGAUGUUUUAACGUCUUCACUCAAAAAUAACUUCUCCUAAACUAGCAAGAUUGGUAUCAAAACAUUAUUUGAGUUUAAUUAAUUAUAGAAGAAUUGAAGAAAGACUAUAAGCUUUAACUUCAAGUCCUUCUAUGAAAUAUAUUUAGAAUGUAUUACAUCAAGAUGAUGUUUUAAGUAAUGCUAUAAAGGUAGUUUAAGUUAGAGAAAUUUAAAAAAGAUUGAAUGAAGGCCUUUCAUCAAGAAGAAAAGCUUCAAAAAUAUUUUUCAAAAAAAAUUCUAGCAGAGAAUUAAAAGCUGAAGAUAUUUUUUCUGAAAAAGUGUUAAAGAGAGUAAGAUUUAUUUAGAUGUGCUUUAGAAUGAAAGUUUUUAAAUUUAACAAAAAAACUAUAGCUGUUUCAAAACCAAUUGAGAAAACUAGAUAAUCAACAAAAGUAAGGGCAUUUAAAAGAAGACUUGGGGAUAUUAUAUUUAUGAGUGAAAAUGUUCCAGUAUUUUAAUUAUAAUAGGAGAAAAAAGAAUAAGAAGAGAAGUAAAAAGAAAUAGAAAACAUUUAGAUUGAAAACAAAAAAGAAAAUCUUGGAGUUUUUGGUAUGUUAUGGAAAGCUUAAAAUAAAUUUAAAAAUUUUUGUAGACAUCCAGGAUUAAAAAUUCCUUCAAAAACUUGUGAUGAUUGGGUUAAACAUAUUUAAACCUUAUAUUAUCCUAGUUUCAGAUAUAUAUCUGUUUUUUAUAGAAAUAUUGUUGUAUGGUCUAUUUCUUAUUAUGAUGUUACUUAUGAUAAAAGCUGCAUUGCAUUAUUUUUUAAAGGAGAAGGACGUUAAUAAUAUCAUUUUCGCUUAGAUAUACCACUAGUUACUAUGCCUGACUUUGAAAAUAAUAAAAAUUGUACUACUGUUUGGCCUACAGUAAAAGAUUAUAUGCUAAUUUAUUUAAGAUAAAAAGGAUAACUAGGAUUACUAAAUAAGAAUGCUCUUCCAUCUGCUAAAGUCUAUAAAACAUCUUUUAUAUAAGGACUUUCUCUUAAAUCAAAAAGAAAACUCACUGAACUUGAUAUCUAAUCAAUUGUUGAAACUUAAAAAAUUAUUAAUUAUUUACAAAAUAAUUAAAUUGUUAAAAUUAAAAAAAGAAUCGGAACAACUUAUGAUCUAUUACCCUAAUUAUCUGAAACUAUUGAUUAAGAUUUGAUAAAAUAAUACAUCAUUAAUUUACCUUUAAUUAGAAUGAUUCUUAUUAAUAUACUUGUUAAAGAGUAAAAAAUAUUGGAAAACAAAAGAAAACUUAAUUUGGAUAGUUCUAAUCUUUAAGAAGAAUAUGUAAAUUAUAUUUAAACUAAUUCAUAACAAUUAAAUUAAAUAUUGUAAUUUAGAUUCUUACAUAACUGCAUUGAAUUUUUUAAUGAUUAAUUAAUAACUAAAAUAAAUCAAUAGAAAAUCAAAAAGAUUUUUAUAUAAUCUUGUUUUUUAGAUAUUAAUGAAAUAUUACUUUAAUCAAAUGACGCAUUAUUAGGGCAGGUAAGCAAAAUUUGUUAAUUAAGUAUACAUUUAUGCUAUAAUGGUAAUGUAAUAUUAGAUAAAUUGUUAUUAGAUGUAGAUAGAAUGAGACCAAGAAACUAAACCAAUAAUUAAGUAGAAUAAUUAUUUCAGAUUAAUCCUCUAAAUUUAGAAUGGAUAUUUGAUUCCUCUAAAUUUUCAUUAUAAAUUGAGGCAUUAUUAUUUGAAAAAGAUAAAUAAAACACAGAUUAAAUUUUUUAUUAAACAAAUUUAAAUAGAAGAAGAAACGAAAGAAUAUUUUAACCAUUAAUAAUUAGUAUUUUUCAUCUCGAAAAGUUAGCCCUAGCAGUUAAAGAAAUAAUUGAUCGUUCAAUUUUUGAUAAAUUCGAUAUCAAUAUUAUCUUGAAGAAUUUAAUCUUUGAAAGAGCCAAUUACUCUAAUAUAAUCAGUCUAAUAUUAAAUAAUUUAAUAACUUUAAAUUUUAAAACUAGAUAGGUUUCUUUAAAAGCUUAAUAUUAACAUAUACUUUCAUCAACUCUAAAUUUUAUUGAAAAAAUGGAUCAUCAUAGCUUAUAUAAUACAACUUAAAAUUACCUAAAAUUCAGUAUAUAUCCACAUGAAGAGUAAGAUUUAAGAAAAAUAAAAGACAAUCAUUUGACUUAAUAAAAAAAUUUUGAAUAUCAUUCUAUUUUUGAUUAAUAAUUUUAAUAGAUUGAUUAAAUUGAAAUUAAACCUGAAUAUACUUCUAAGUAAUUGGAAGUAGCACAAGAAUACAAUUAUGACUAAAAAUAAAUUUUUUGGUCUUAAGGUGUUAAAAUAUAUGAUUAAGUCUAAAACCAAAAUAUUGCUUUUGUUUAUCUCAGAGAUAAAUUUAUAGUUAUAAUUAUGUCAUAAUAAAGAGUUAGAAUGAUAAAUAUAACUAGAUUGAGGAAACCUUUAAUAUUAGAUUCAAAAGAUACAGCAAUUUUUAUAUCUAGUUGUAAGUAUUCUUAAUAAAAGAAAUACUAAAAGUUAUCCUUAUAUAAUAAAUUGUUUUUAACUCUUUUAAAAGAAAAUUGUUUUUUAAGAAUAAGAAUGGAAAAAUUCUUUUGCAAAUUAAGAGCAUCUCUACCUAAUUAUAGUAAGAUUAAAGCUUAUUUAUUAUCUGAUUCCAAAGAACUAAUUAAUUACUUUAAUCGUUUAGACUUUACUUUUACUUUUGAGACAAUUAAUAAAGCAAAAUGUUAUGCUAAUGUUAAAGUAUUUUAUUUAGGAAGACAGGAAUCAUUUUGUUCAUCAAGAUUUGAAUAAAUUUAUAAGUUUGAUGGAGAAAAUUUAUUUAUAAGUCUUCAGAUACAUGAAUUUGAUUCAAAGCUAAAAAAAUAUAUUCUAAUAAUCAAUAAAUGUGAUAUUGAACAAAGAUUUGAAAUUUAUAAUUACUUUACUCCAUAUUUGAUUUAUUAAUGGUGUUAAGAAUUUGUUUUAAAUUUAAAAUUUGAUAAAAAAUUUCUUUAUAAAACUCCUUUUUCAGUUAUGUAAAUAAUUAAAACGUAAAAUGAUAUAAAAUUAUCUUCUAUGUGGAUAGCAAAACGAUCAUAAAAAUGUAUUCUAAAUGAAUAUUAAAGAGUUCAUUCUUUUGAAUAUAGUUAAGCUAAAUAGUUUUUGAGUUAAAGAUAUAAGAUAUUUAGAGUGAUAGCACAUUAUAUAGAGAAGUUUUAUAUAGUAAAAUAAAAUAACUAAAUAACAGUAUUAAAUGAAUCUAUGUUUCUUAAAUCUAAAAAUUACAAAUUAAUUAAAAUUGAAUUUGUAAUCAUUACAAUUUAAGCUCAUAUAGUUUUGGAUCUUAUUUAAAUUAUAUAUUAUUUUCCAAAGAGUAAAAAAAGAUUAAUGACAAAUAUAAAUUUAAUUCAGAUUUAAGAAAUGGAUUUUAGUUUGGGGAUGAUAUUUCAAUUAUUAAAUAUUACUGAAUAUAUAACAUUCAAUGAUAUUGCUAAUUAAGUUGAUGAAAUACAAAGAGGGUCUUUUAAAUAUAGAAGAACUUCAAAAAUGAAUAGUUAAGUGAUGACAAAAUUACAUAUUAUGAGACAAUCUAUUGAUGUAUCUUAGCUCAAUUUUACAACAGGAAAAACAAAAAGAAGACAAGGAUUCGUAGCAUAAACUUCAUAAAUAAAUAUCAAAACUAAAGUUAUAAAUUAAGCUAUUGAAAAAAAUGAAGAUAUGUGUCAAAAAGUAUUAUUGAUAAUUAAAUUUACUCGAUAAUUAAAUAAAAGUGAUAGAAAAAAUGAUAAACGCUAUUUAAUAGAAAUAAUGUUUUGGAAAUUAAUGUAGCAGCAAGUAUUUUAAUUAUCAGUUCGUUAAGAAAAGAGAUAACUUAAGAGUUAUGUAAGUUUAUUUGAUAGAUUAAUUGAGUUAUUUGAUAAAGAAUCAAAUAAAAAAUACCGAAUAAUUGGAAAAGAAUUUUUAGAAAAAAAAUAAACAGAUGAAAAUAUCAGAUAUAAUUACAAAGUUUAGUCAGAGUGUAGAAAUAUAUACAAAGAGAUGAUAUUAGAAUAAAAUGUAUACAUGACUUAAAAUUUAAAUUUUGGCAAAACUCCUUUUGUUAUAUAGUGCAAUUUAAAUGAGAUUUCAAUUUUGGAAUAUCUUUGCACUGAAUAAUUCAGAAGUGAUAAUGGAAGUAGAGGAUAUAUUGAAUAUUUUUUAGAAAGAAAAACAAAAUCAAAAGGUAUUGAUUUAUUUGAACCUGGAAAACCUAUUUUAUAUUCAGGAUCUUCAAGCUAUAAUAUAUAUUUAAGAUAUUAUUGUUUAGCCAAUUAUCAAUAUAAAGAUAUCAGAAUAAAUUUAAGAGAAAUAAUGAAUUAAUUAGUUACAGAUGGUUUAUAUAAAUCAUAAUCAAAUUAUAUGAAUAGUAAAAUUAAUCUUAGUGAUAUUAUUGAAAUGUGUCAUUAUUUAACUUAAAAGAUUAAGACUUAAAAUUAUCUAAAUUUAGCCAGAUUAUCUUUAAUUUAAAUUAAUUUGUUACCAGAAAUACAAUAACAUAUUAUAUCAGAAUGUGAUGAUUAAUUAUCAAAAGAAGAUAAGUAAAAAUGUGGUGAUGGUUUUGUUUGUACUUAAGUAAUUCGAAAUAAAAGAAAUCACUCUAUUUAUUAAUAUUAACUAUUCUAAACUACAAGAAAAGUUAUUAUCAAUAAGUAUGAAAUGAGAUAAGAUUAUUUCGAAUAGAAGGAAUUUACAUAUGCUCAAAUAACCCAAUAUGUCCAUAAUUUCAUAUAUCUUAUUAAAGCAAAAUUAUAUUAUCUAGCUUUGAAAAGAUUUUCUUAAUCUUACAUAGAAUUACAGAAAAUUAAUUAAUGA